AUGUACGGUUUAAUAUUUGAAGUCCUCGAAGACUUCGUUGUAGACGAGUUUGGAACAGAAACUUGGCACAAGAUAAAAGAGAUUGCAGGAUGCAAGACGAAAGACCAGGCUUUCCUUCGAAGAGCCUUCUAUGAAGACGAAGAACUUUUUGCGCUUGUGGAAGCGGCCACAAAGCUUCUACAUGUGUCGUCUUUUGAUGUUCUAAAAGCCUAUGGUCGCUAUUUCCUCUCUAGCCAGCUCGCUGGAGGUGGUUACACUGAACUGUUGAGGUGUCAGGGGGCUACGCUACGCCAAUGGCUUUCCAAUCUGAAUGCCUUGCACGAAUACAUCAAGAGAAGCUUUCCAGGAGAGGGCUUCAUUGCGCCAGUAUUCUGGUGCGAAGACUGUGAAGACUGCCAAGAUAAUGGAAGUAUUCUUUUGCACUACUACUCCAUGCGAGGUACAAUGUUCGUACCGCUGGUAGUUGGAAUUGUGGAAGAACUCGCAAUUCAACAUUUCGACUUGGAGGUCAAUAUGAAUCAAACUUCCUUACAAGGGGAAGAUGGGGCCACUUUCACUACAUGGCAGAUUUCAGCUGUUGAUAAAUCAAAGCAGUGGAAGCUUUCACCAAGAAAUGAAGUCCAACAACCAGUCAAUUUUGACAAAGUUCAAAUGCCUUCGAAAUGUCCUUUUUCAGGGCGAAAACUCAAAGGGGGAACUACUGAUGAAGCUGAUGCUCAAGCUGAUGCUCAAGAAACACCAACAAGACAUCAAGAAGACCACACUGCUACCACAAGAACGUCAGUGUCUACAUCGAAGUGUCCAUUUCAUCAUGGAUCGUCGAAAGCGCCAAAAGAGGAAGCAGAAUCAUCCACAAGUCAGCCUGAAACCGCUGAGAUCGCUCCAGGUGAAGAAUCACUUUCAAGAUCCACUGUCACAGCAGGUGCAAGUUCCUUCAAAUUUGAAUUGGAACAUCUGGCUAGGUUGUUCCCAUUUCACAUCUUGGUUGAUGGAAAUUUCUCUAUAAUCAAUGUCGGCGAAAAGCUAUCAAUACUUCUUCAGACGUCAGACCAGGAGAUCCAAGGCUUGCACAUUGGUGAUAUCGUCGAAAUUACAAGACCUGUGAUGGUUUCCUCUUGGGAUUGGAAAUCGCUCAACAAGUUAUCCGAUCAAAACUUCUUUCUCACUCCGACAGUCAAAAAUUCACCCUUGCACAAUAAGGUCUCCACUGCAGAUGCCGAGCAAUCAGAUUUACUUGCAGCGCUUCAAAAGAAAGUUUCCAUGGCGGAUAGCACUAUCCGAUUCAAGGCUUCCAUGUUUCGACUAUCGUCCAAUCAAGUCCUUUUCACUUUGGCUCCUGAUGCUAGAAAUGUGACGGAUCUACAGAAUAUGGGACUCACACUGUCCGACCUUCCACUUGCCAGUUGCCAGCGUGAUGCCGUAUUUUUGGGGGAGCACGUUGCUAAGGAAGCAAGCAGAGCGCACAAGCUUGACAAGCUGACCAAGAAAUUGGCCGAACGAGACGUAUCAAAGCUUCUCCUCAACAGUAUGCUUCCUCAAAAAGUUGCCGAGGAUCUUAUUCGAGGAAAAACUGUUGAGCCAGCCUUCCAUGAACAUGUCACACUGUUCUUCUCUGAUGUUGUUGGAUUCACUAGUAUCUGCGAUCAAGUCGAACCGUGGGAUGUCAUCGACAUGAUGAAUCAACUGUAUUCAGUGAUGGACUUUCUCGCCAGUCACUUUGAUCUCUAUAAGGUCGAGACUGUUGGUGAUUCGUACAUGUGUGCUUCUGGGCUAAUAAAUCCUGAUGACUACCACGCUGAGAAGAUGGCGAACUUCGCUUUGGCAGUUCAGGAGUGUGUCCAGCACGUCAAGUCUCCUAUCGAUGGAUCGCCGAUUCAGCUUCGAAUUGGAAUCCACACUGGUAGCUGUACUUCUGGUAUUGUUGGAACAUUGGCUCCUCAUUACUGUUUGUUCGGUGACAUGGUAAACACGGCGUCUCGACAUGAGUCGACUGGUUUGGCAGGGAAGAUUCAAUGCUCGAGUGUGCUGUAUGAUAGAGUCGAACGUGACUCGAAAAAAGACAGUAGUCAGUACAAAUUUAGGGCACGUGGUCUUGUUGAUAUGAAGGGCAAGGGAGAGUGUUACACCUAUUGGCUGGAGAGCGCUACAGAGGAAAAUCCUGCAGCCAAUGAAGAAUCCUUGGCAAGUCUUUCAAGGCAGGUGCUGGAAAUACUUGGAAGAAACUCGUGGAAGAAGAGGCGCUACUUUGAACGAGGUGGAGAAAUGUUCCACAAUUCCCCUGACAAGGAAGGUCUAGAUGAAACUUCAACAGAGGGCCAGGAUGCGAGUGAAUCUUCGCAAUCAUCAAUACCGGAUGCAAAUGCAUCUUGUGGCCGCAUUGAAGAGAUGAAUGGAAACGAUUGUGCCAUUUGUCCUGUUGUAGUCGAUUUGGCACCAGAGAAACGAAUCAAUUAUUGGAAACAACUCCACUGCGAUGAGACCUCAUCGCAAUCAGAGAUGGGAUCCACCAUUUUUGACAUGUUAAUGACAUCGCUAGAGUCGUGCACUCAGAAUAUUGGAAUCAUGCAAGAGCAGCUUCGUGCAUUCGUCUCCUCCAUAGCAAACAUAUAUCUGGCAAGAUCUGAACGAUCGCAGCUACACAACAUCACACAAACUCUUUUCAGAUGCAACUCACUUUGGGAAGCUAGGGAUCCGAAUGAGAGAUCUCCAUACGCGCUUGGUGCCAACCCUUGGGAUCAUUUUACUCUUCUUUUCAGUGCUUUUAUCCAUCGAGUCAAGCAUACUGGUUCCACGAACGCCACUCUGGAGAGGGAAAAGCAUAUUGUUGCCCAGAUGUACGAAGGGCUACAAUCUUGUCAGGAGAGACGAUCGGCCGACUUUGCAUUCACUCUGCUAGAAACCGAGUUUGGAGAGUUAUAUGAUGAGAUCACCUUUGGAUGUCCGAACUUCACAAUCAUGGUACGCAAGGCAGUCCUCUGUACAGACUUAGAAAAUGAAAACACAGUUCGCGAAAUGCUUGGAAAUUGUGCCAAACUGAAUUCAAUGGAUAAUUGCGCGGAUGAGCGACAAAGUCGGCAACGUAAUACGGCCAACAUCGGACUCAUCUUGGCCGUGGCUACAGUCGGACAAUGCACACAAUCACUUGAUCAGUUCCUGCAGUACUGCGGUGAAGAGUAUGACAAAGCGAUGAAGGCUUCCGAUAGUAACAGUGCAGAAAGCUGGUAUUACGAGCAGAGCAUGUUCAUGAAGGAUGUCUUACUUCCGUUGAUCGAAGAAGUAUUACCUGUGUUACCGCUUUCUGGAUACUUGGAAGAAGGUGCAGCGGAAAAUAUUGCCUUUUGGGACAAGAGGGGACAAGAGUGGAUGGUAGCUAGUAAGCUAAAGAAAGCAAAGCUCCAUGGGGUAAUCGAAGGCAGCGUCAUAUCGAAGUAUCAAGUGGAAAAGCUUGUGUCUGUCAACGUUGCUACCCUUGAGACUCUGUUGACGCAGGUCAUGACUACUCGAAACGGGAACGAGUCAAGGUACCUGGAUGACGGAGUGGAGUCGACUUCACGAAAUCCCUAUGAGGAGAUCCAGAUGUUCAUCGAAAUGAAGAAGUCGACCAUCAAGUCUGGAAAUGGCACAAGUACUAUUCACCAAGUUGGAGCUGACAUUCGUUCCGAAUUGAGAGACUUUGUCGUGACAAUUGUCGCUGGAUAUGAAAGUAAUCAAUUCCACAACUUCUUGCAUGCAAGUCAUGUUGCACACAUGGCGAAUCUUCUUGUCAAGUGUAUCCAUUCAACGGAAGGGUCCAACGGGGCCAGCAAUAUUGCGCAUGAUCCGCUUGCUCGUUUUGUGAUUGUCUUGUCUGCGUUGGUGCAUGAUAUUGGUCACACUGGAGUCCCUAACAGUCAGCUUGCCGAAGAACAGCCAGAACUUGCAGAUAAGUAUAGUCGCAAGAGUAUUGCUGAGCAAAACUCGAUCGAUACGGCUUGGGAGAUUCUGAUGUCUCCCAAGUUCAAGAAACUGCAAUGUUGCCUCUUCGAAUCGAAACAAGAGAAAGCUCGAUUCCGCCAGCUACUUGUGAACUGUGUGAUGGCCACUGACAUUUUCGACCAAGACUUGCGAGUAUUGCGACAGUCAAGGUGGGAGAAAGUCUUCUCCGGAGAUGAGGAAGCGCACUGCAAGGCCACAAGUGCCAUUGAGCACAUCAUGCAAACAUCCGAUGUAGCUCAUACAAUGCAAGAUUGGGAGAUCUACUGUCAAUGGAACGAGAGUCUCUAUAGGGAAUUGCACGAUGCGUACACCGAGGGUAGAUCUACAAAGGAUCCAUCUGAUGGUUGGUACGAGGGCGAGCUUUGGUUUUUCGACCACUGGGUGAUUCCAUUGGCUCAGAACUUGAAGGCAUGUGGAGUCUUGGAUAUCGUGAGCGAUCAGUUGGUGAAGCAGGCUCGAAGUAACCGACGUAGAUGGCAGUUGGAGGGCAAGCAGAUUAGCCAAGAAAUGUGUUCUACUAUCCAGUCGGAUACUCGUUCAAGCUGCUGCUCUCAUUCGCUCUCUGCUGCUAGUGAACAUUCAGGCAGUUCCGCCAGUUAUCUGGCAUCUCAGAUGGUGACUGAAGCGGAAUCUGUGUCAAAAGUGAUGGCUCGCUAUGAACGCAAGUAUGAAGCAGUUUUGGGGAAUCUGAUUGCGCUGGCAUACAAAGGGCAACUUCCAUCGGACCUCGAGCAGCAAGAGUUGUCGGAUGUCCAUAAGCAUUUCAAGGAUCAGGAUUGGUAUAGAUCUCAUGCAGACAAUGCCGAAGCUCUUUUUCGAUUGUGA